UUGCGCAAUUCAAGCGAUGGACUUCACCGCUGCUGCUCAUCGUUACUGGUCGCAUCGAAGUUUCAAAGCAAAAUUGCCACUGAGAAUCAUACUUCUUCUUUGCCACCUCACAGCUGUUCAGGUAAACACACAACUUUGUUGGGUCAGAGAUCAUCGGAUACAUCAUAAAUACGUGGAUACAGAUGCGGAUCCAUACAACAGCAAUCGGGGAUUCUUCUUCUUUCAUGUCGGGUGGUUGAUGGUAAAAAAGCAUCCAGAGGUUAUCAAAAAAGAUCAACAAAUCUAUAUAAGCGAUAUUAAGGCGGAUUCUCUCGUUAUAUGUUUGCUGAUAAUGCCUGACAACAAACCACACCUUGCUAACAAUUUAAUGAGGCUUAAAGAAAUUAUAGUUGCGAUUUAUUUGAAUGACAGGCACAUUAAACCAACCAAUAACGUGAUGGUCUCAAUUGUAUCUUUCGGCGAGGGUUCACAUAAUUAUCAUCACAUGUUCCCAUGGGACUACAAAGCAUCUGAAUUCGGUACACACACAUACAACUUUCCGGCUAUGUUCAUCGAUUUCUUUGCAAAAAUUGGUUGGACAUAUGAUCUAUAAGAACCCUCUCUGGAGCUCGUGAAGUCUGUCGCAAUGGAGAAUAAAAUGGCCGAGCGCCAUUGCAAGUGGGAUGCUGUAUCGCCUCCGAAUGAUGAAGGUAAAAUAUAUUCGUAACCUAACUCAUAGACUAUGAGUUGGACGGGACUCCUGUAUAUUGAAAUCGCUUAGUCUACG